AUGGAACGUCUCCAACGUCUAUUCGGAGCAGCAGCAGCGGGAGGGGGGAUCCAAGCAGGUGUGGAUACGCCUACUGUUGACAAUGCUGAGAUGGUUUAUAUAUCAUCGUUGUCUCUUUUGAAGAUGCUCAAACACGGCCGCGCAGGCGUUCCAAUGGAAGUUAUGGGUCUAAUGCUAGGCGAGUUCGUAGACGAUUAUACAGUGCGAGUAAUAGACGUCUUUGCAAUGCCACAAAGCGGUACGGGCGUGUCUGUUGAGGCAGUUGAUCCAGUAUUCCAGACGAGAAUGUUGGAUAUGCUCAAACAGACUGGACGGCAUGAAAUGGUGGUUGGGUGGUACCAUUCACAUCCAGGAUUUGGGUGUUGGUUGUCGAGCAGUUUUGAGCAACUUAACCCAAGAGCAGUGGCUGUUGUUGUAGAUCCUAUACAGUCGGUUAAAGGCAAAGUGGUAAUAGAUGCGUUCAGAUUAAUCAAUCCUCAAAUGUUGAUGCUCGGUCAGGAACCACGACAGACAACGUCGAAUAUCGGACACCUUAAUAAGCCUAGCAUUCAGGCAUUGAUCCACGGUCUCAAUCGCCAUUACUAUUCGAUUGCUAUCAACUAUCGAAAGAACGAAUUGGAACAGAAAAUGUUGUUAAAUUUGCACAAAAAGAACUGGACUCAUGGACUUACGCUCACCAAUUUCAACGAGCAUACUGAGCUCAAUGAGAAAAGCGUCAAGUCCAUGUUGCAAUUGGCCGAAGCGUAUAAUAAAUCGGUGCAAGAUGAAUCGACAAUGACUCCUGAACAAUUGAAGACCCGUCAUGUUGGAAAACAAGAUCCGAAACGUCAUUUGGAAGAAAGUGUUGAGGAUGUAAUGUCAAAUAACAUAGUUAUGUCAUUAGGAACAAUGAUCGAUUCCGUCAGUUUCUAA